CAAACAUCGUGCCUCAUCUGCUGCGUCACAAGGUCUCUGUGCCUCUGUCCUCAUUCAGCCCAACUUCAUUUCAUUCUGCAUUCCUUGUUACUGGUUAUCUUUCGUUCAACUUGCGGGGUUGCCGCUCUGUCCAUCUUUUUCUCCAGACUCAAAUGGCGACAUGGCAGUGUUCUUCGAUCUUGAUGACGACGACUGCUCAUCUAGCAGUCGGUCGCGCUUUGACACGGGCCCAUCAUCCCACCAAAAUCAGCUGAAACCUGCUCUCAAUGGAGGCUCAGAUGCAGUGAGCAAGGUUCUCGGCAUCCACAACGUCCAAGUACUGUCAUCGAGACCCAACAAACUGGCUGCCGCUUUGACAUGCUAUCCGAUUGCCCUGUCCCUGUCCUCUCAUCUAGAUCUCAAUGAUCUGCACGCUCUAGCGGCCACCUGUCGAAGUGUCCACAAUGGCCUCUCACAGUAUGCGCAUCAACUCAAGUCUCAGUCCCUGCGUUGCAUUCAUGACGGAAGACCAGUGCUAGCAGAAGCACUCCUGGCACAAAGAGAAAGACCGCAUACUGAAGCCUCCUCUGGGAGUACAGCCCUGCAUCAAAGCCCUGUGAUCUCGCAGGUGCAGGCGACAGCCGAAGCUAUCGCGGGAGGUUGGCCACCGCAGAAUCCUGGGGGCCUCUAUGCAUCAGUCGGCCUUUCGAGCAAGAUCAGCUCUUGUGCUCGAGAUUUGGUGGCUCCAUGUCGUCGAUGUGGAACGGUCGUAUGCCGUAACUGUGCCGCCAAAUCUCCCAGCACUGUGAGACUGAAAGAUCGUUUUCGCCGACUUUGCAAGACCUGUCUCGACGCUCCGAUUGAAGCGCAUCUGCAAGCCAUUGGCUCUGCCGACGAUGCUAGCGAUAGUCCCCUCUUGUCCAGUGCGAGUUCGAUGCGAUCGGAACGGUCAGCUUCCAGCUCAUCCACGUUGGGCACCACCGCAGACUUAGAGAAUCACGAGUCAACCACCAGCUCGAACCAUUCUUUGACUUCUUCCGCAUUUCUCCGAGGUCCAUGCACGUGCGAAACUCGUGGGGUUUAUUUGUGUGCGCCCUGUGGCCAGAGUCUGCGCACGGCUGAUACCACUUACAAGAGAGUAUGGACCUGGCGUUCUCGGUAUUCGACGCAUAUUGGCGACGGCUUGGGCACCGGGCUGGGGUUAGGAAACCAAGCUCAAAAAUGCGGCCGCGGGGAAGAUUGCCUAGAGACAAGCGGCAAAGCCAUAUGCUGGGUGGAGAUUGAUUGCUCUGAAGGUAAGGCGCAUGAUGCGUCGGAGGCGGACAGAAACGGCCUCAGCCGAGUAGGCACGCCAGAUUCAGUUUAUGGCAGCAACAAGCCAGGGUAUCUCCAGCAAGAAAUCGAGGGCAUAGGGGGUGUGGUCAAGAAGAAGGUCAAGAAGCGUGUCAAGGUCGGGGCGGGGGUUUGGGAGUGGGAAGAUGAGAGGGAAAGUGGCAAAUAUCUAGAGAGGGAAGCCAAAGGGACGGCACGCAGUUGGUGUGGGUGGUGUGGGCGGGUAUGUCCCUCUGAACAGGACAGACGUGAGACUUGCAUGGAUUUGACAAGCAUGGCCGUGUAGACAGGAGGGAGAUAUGCUGGGCGGAGACGUUGGGGAACUCGUCAUGACCUGUCGCGAUGGUGGUACAUGGUAACGAGGGUCUUCCGGGUACCAACACACCGCAUUACGGAAAACUAUAUACCAAAGUAGUUAAAAAGUAUCUGGUUACAUGAAAUGUCUCGUGUCAGGCACCGAACUAGUCAGUACCCGAGGGCAGCAGGGGGUAUCAGACUAGUCCGUACCCCAGAUGCAGAUCUUUGGU